AUGGACCAGAUAUUCUGGGAUGGAAUGUCAGACUUCUUUGAUGAACUGAAGACACUCAACCUUUUGCCGACAUUACGCUUCCAUAAGACUGGAAACAUGGCAGUUUCACUCAAUCUCAAUAGUGUUCCAAUCAAUGAUAUUGAUAUGAUAUUCGAUGGAGUUGAGUUGAUGCACGGCCCAGUCCAUUCAAACCUGUACCCGGUUACACUCACCAAGUUGAACAUUAUAAACAGCUUUAGGAUUGAUCCUGGCUUUGACCUGUCAGGCCUGCCAUCAUUGCGCACACUAUACAUUGGUAACUUUGCCGAUGAGACAUUGGAUGGAUCAAGAUUACCCCCCUCACUCACAAGUCUGGAGAUUGGAUACGAGGUGGUUCAGCCCCUGGUCAACCUACCACCAAGCCUAACAGACCUGGCCGUUGGUUCGUCUUCCUAUCCCUUCAACAUCAAUCACCAACCUUUGAGAAUGUACAACACACCAUCGAUGCCCAUCGAGAACACUUAUCAACAUACUCAUCUUCAAAAACUGGAGCUUGAGACGAUCAAUAUCAUCUCUAUUCAAUUUAUAACAUCUACUGCAUUCCCAGUUUUGGAGAAUCUGCUGAUUGGUUCGAUGGAGAUUGGGUCGUACGACCUGUCCACAUUGCCAACGUCACUCAAGAGACUGAACAUUAGCCCUGAUGAGGAUGCACGCAUCACCUCCUUUCCAAGUGGUCUCGAGCAUCUCGAAAUGUCACUCAUCUAUGCCAUCAGCAUUAAGUUGUCAAUUGGUCUGUGGACACAAUCACCACGAAUCAAAACACUCAUACUCAAUCGUUAUAAGUACCCAUUGGAGGCUGGGGACUUACCUCCAGCUUUGACUAGUUUGACAUUCCCAAAAUAUGAUCCACCAAGAGCACUUGAUCCAACUGUGAUGCCAGCAUCACUCAGACAUCUUAAAUGGCAAGGUGGAUGUUCAUUACAGCUGAUCCAGCCAGUACUCAUUCAUUUGACCAACGUCAUUCACUUGGAACUUCAAGUACAGACUGGUAUAUACAAUCUCAGACGUAUCACUCCAACUAUAUUCUUUAGAUUGGUCACAUUGAUAAACUCUGGUUUCAUCCAUAUUGACCAACUUCAAUCACUUCUUGCCUUACCUCUUAGUGCGCCAACCAAAUAA